AUGGUUACUGUUAUUGUAGUUGGAGGACCUGCCGGUACAGGGAAAACCACCCAAGGUCAAUUACUUUCAGAGUACUAUCAUUGUCCUUUUAUAGAAGGAGAUGCAUUACAUCCCAAGGCAAAUAUAGAAAAAAUGUCAAGAGGAGAGCCAUUGACUGAUGAGGAUAGGUGGGGGUGGUUAAAAACGAUUGCACUAGAAUCAAGCAGGAAAGCAUAUGAGAAUCCAACUCGAUUGUGCGUUGUAUCAUGUUCAAUUUUGAAAAAGGUAUAUCGAGAGUAUAUUGAAGCAAACUGUGUUCAUCACGAAGCAGUCAGGUUUAGAUUUGUAUUUUUGUAUACUACUUUUGAGGAGUUGAUUCAAAGAGUUGAGAAUAGAAAAGGACACUAUAUGAAGUCGGAGAUGGUCAAAUCUCAGUAUGACAUUAUGGAAAUACCUCAGGGUGAUGAGUUGUUGAAAAAUAAAGGGGAAUGCGUUACAGUAGACACUACAAAUAGAACACCAAGGGAAAUAUUCGAGGAAGUUGUUAAGUAUUUAAGAUUACCAGUGGAAGAUAGAGAUAAGGAGCCAGCAACUGCGGAGCCAACAUCUGCAGAACCAGAGGCGACGAUGGUGUAA